AUGGCCGACUUCACAACUUUGGACGCGCUGCAAGCGUUUCACCGAGAAAUUAUCGCUCUGAACGAAGGUCGCGGCGAUGGCAGCAUUGAUAACGAGGCUCUUGUCGAAAACUUUGAGCGCGAGCUCGAGCGAGUGUGGGAACGACCAAAGAGGAGCGAAGAGAGCAGAAAAUCGGUCAAGUCUGGAAAAAUUGCACUUGAUGGAACUGAGUUCUCCCUCAAUGAAAGCUUCCAGCAAGACGUGCUGAUACUCUCGGACGAGCUCGAAAUUGAAGAACUUGACGCGGCGCGUUUCCUUCUCGACUCUCAGGAUGACACGUCGAUACUUGGUCGAUCGCUUAUCGAAUGCGCUAUCAUUCGUUUUCAUCAGCAGCGAAAGUAUGCGCUCGACAUUCUACGCCUUCUUUUCGAAAUCUACACACUCGAAAACGACGAUGAAGAAUCCACGGCUCUCGAUGGCGUCAAGGCCUAUGUCGAAGCACGAAUGCUACAGGCAAGCGCCGCAGGCCAGAAGCGCAACAUUCCACGAUACAUGACUGCGAUGGUCGAGAUAAAAGCAUGGCUACAGAGUCUGGGCGACAAAAUUGCGGCCGCCCAAGCAAUGGGACAAACCAAGGACUCCAUGUCCGAAGAGAUGGAAACUGUCGAAUUUUCGCGCAUCAGUCUUAUACAACAGCACGAGUUACUGGGUGUGAUUCUCUGUCGUGCAGUUAGCAAGAGGCAGGCUGAAACUGCUGACUUCCUGGAUCUUGUCACUGUCUUGAAACGAACCGAUAAAUACGACUGCCUGCUGGUACAUUUACUGCCUGCUCUUGGUGCAUACAUUGCGGUUUUCGGGUCCCCAGAAGGUGGUAUGGAUCUUACACGAGUCAAAGAUCUACAUUCGAAGUUGUUUGCCGCCGUCGACGACUCUGCUUGGCCGCUGCCGUACCUUCAAGCCGCAUUCAAGACGUGGUGGCUAGCGGAAUAUGCGGGCUACUGGAUUGACGAGCCGUCAGCUGUGCCUGAUCCUGAUCUGGUCAAGGGCGAUCGCGAGAGAUCAAAGGCGUUCGUGGAUGCCUUGAAGGACGGCGCCUUUGAUUUCAUUUUAACGGCUGCGGCAGACGUUCGCGCGCCAGACUGGCACGAUCCUGUUAGAGCAGGCAUACGCAAAUGGUUACAGCGAAAGUCAGCGCCACUAGCGACCGAUAUUGUCCAGUUCUCCGACUUCUUCCAACUCCGGUUCAUGUCCCAGUUGGAACUAUUCAUCGAUGCCUUCAUUUCCAACAUGCCAGACGUCCUACGAAAACUGCGUGUGGAAGAAGACGAGCAACGGCAACUUAGUCAAGUUCACGAGCAAGACCUUGAUCUAGAGCGCUUUAUCUUGAUUAUCGCGUACGCAUACGAGGGCCGUCCUGACGCGGCAACUGCCUUCUGGUCAGACCCCGAUAGCAAUUUGGCUGGUUUUAUGCACUGGGCGUCGCGACGCGCAUCGACACCGUUAGUCGCCUCAUUCUGCGAGAUGCUGCAAGCAAUCUCGGAAAACGACGAGUGUGCAACAGCCGCCCACGAAUUUCUGCUGGACGAAGGUCACCAUUCGUCUGGGAAGAUGCGUAGGGCGCAGUCGUUGACGUGGCUGCAGAUCUUCCGGGAGCUGGACUUCUUUUUGGAUAAGAUCAAGCAUAGACCAACUACCACACCUACAACAAGGUAUCGUAACACAAAACCCAGUACAGAUGUGGUGGAGACAGAACCCGAGUCUGCCAUGAUGUUGGAGUGCUACCUUCGCCUUAUGACUAAGUUGGCAUCUGAGGGCGAGACCCCGCGACAAUUUUUGCUACAAAAUCAAGAUUAUAACGUUGUUGACACAUUGUUCGACCUUGCCAGCAGCCAAAUACCAUCACGACUACGCGGCUGUAUAUUCAUGGCCCUCAAGGCUUUAUUAACACGAAAGACGUUGCAUGAAAGCAACAUUAUGUGGCUGUGCUUGGAUAACUUCAGUACCGGCGGAUAUUCUCAGCCCCCCGCACACACCACCAGCUCCUUGCGACAAGGGCAAGCACAGCCUCUUGUUUCCAUGGAUCGCAUCUUGGAUGAGAUGAGCAACGGUUUCGACGAACCAGAAGCUUUUACGAAGCUUCUAUUGGCUCUAGUAUCACCUGCAAUCGACAGCAGUCCGCUCAACGACUCGCUUCCUUUUGGCGACUCUCUAGGAUCCUCAGCCCGGCUUUCUGGCAUCGAGGCGUACAUUGACUAUGUCAUCGGCCUAGUAUUUGCUACCAAGGCGCAAGAUCUCCAAGAUGUUCACCAAACUCGAGUUCUGAGAUUGACGUGCCUCGAGUUCAUGUUGACUUGCUUGGCUACAUUUAACGAAGACCUCAUCAUCAUGGCCAAUAAUACCAAUCUUGCUAUUGACUCGUCCAUUGCGACUUCUGACUUGGCAACGUAUGUCACAAAGCACCCAUUUGGCAGAGUGAUGGAGUGGAUGUACAACGACAAAGUCAUGACAGCGCUCUUCAAUGUUGUCCAUCAAGAGCCUAUGGAAGUGGGCAAUGCUGCCCCUGACUCACCACUCAUUCUCGGCAUUCUCCGGGCUGUCGAUCUCAUCUCCAGAAUCAUGGAUCUUGAAACUACCUAUCUAGAUCUGGUGCGGCCAUUGAUCAAAAAAAGUAACCAACAGCGACAGCCGGUUUCCAAUGCCCCAUAUGCGUCGUUCGCAGACGGGCUCGUUACGCGACUCAGCUUGGUGGUGGAUCUCGGCAAUUACUGCGGUAUUGGGCAUCCUGAUCUUACGCUCUCGUGCCUUCAGCUUCUUGGCAAGAUGUCGUCUUCCCCCCGGAUCGCAGCGGAGUGGUCGGGUUCGGCAAGAGCCGGUCACCGAAACAAGGCUAUCGUGGCGAUGGAAGCCAAUGGCCAGCAUGAAUCGAUAUCAAGAGCCUUCAUCUCCGAGAUGCAAGCCCCCCUGGAACCUGGUCGCGAGGCUGAUUCAGCAAGCUAUGUUACGAAACGCUAUGUGCUCGACUUUCUCUACCAGUGCCUGCAAGAAACUCCUAAACGGCCGACUAUUGCUCAUCUACUUCUUGGAUUCAAGUGCGGAUCCGACUCUUUGUCCGUUGGAACUGAUGACGCAUUCGCCAAGCAGACGUCGCUGUUCCACAGCCUUCUGAGGGUCUUUCUGGAAUUGCCAUCCGCAGAUGCUCAAGGCAUGAGAGGAUGGCUCGUUUCAAUCAAGUGCAAAGUGAUGCGCAUUCUUCAGGUACUCUGGAGUUCCCCUCUCUCAUCAAAGCUUGUCAUCGAGGAGCUACGGAACAACGAAUUUUUCUUCCACCUACUCAUUCGCGAGACCGUCAUCCAGCCUAAUAUCCCGUGGGAGGGCCAGAAUGUGACCACGGUCCACUUCCCACUGACCGAAGGGGCCACUGCAUUAUCAGACUUUCUCACGUUGAGGCGGAUGGUGCUGGAAUACUUUGCGAUGGAGUUGUGCAUGAUUUCUCAAGGCCGCAUGCCAAGCGUCAAACGACGUAUCUUCGAGGCCCUUAAUGGUCAGGUACUAAAUGACGAGAACGAGCGCAUCGAGACGCCAACGGUUUUUGACUUGUACGAUUUUCUACUGCCAUCAGGCCUCUGGGAGACGCCUGUCCCUCAGUUGGAGUUUUACCGCGAUCUAGACGUUUCAAUUUGUCUAAUGGAUGAUGGCGAUGGCAAUGUCGUACACAAUACAGACCGCGUCAAGGAAAUGAUUCUGAUAAAGCGGAAUGAAAAGGGUCAAGGCAAGCUCAAAGAGGCAUUGGCGACGGUGCAGAGUCUCGCGGCAGUUGAUAGGGAGGAGUCAGUGAUUAUGGAUCAUCUCGCAUCAACUGAUCGCCAGCAGCAGCUGGCUCGACAGAGCUUGCAAGUGCUAAAGUCGUGGACUAAGCUGCUGCUCAUCAUGGUGGAGUGCAACGACUUUGACGGAACGGCCCGUACAUCAUUCUUCCUACAGACGCUGCAGGCGAUUCUCCCUAGUCUGGAGUCGUUUGCCUCUGAUCGUCCUGUGGAGGCCAUGGAUCUCGCGAAACUCGCGAGAAUUCUGCUUUCACGGCUGGACCUGAAGGAAUCGAGCACGGUGGACAAGCAAGGCAAGGCCAUUGGCAACCUCAUCCAUGACAAGCUGUUCCAGCUCUUCCAAAUAUGCCUGCAAGCAGUCAGCAAAUGGGCGGGCACGCCAGAGCUGCGCACCAUCUACUACGAGAUCUGCUAUCGGUACCUCACCGGCGCGCCGGACGAGACGAAGCGCACCUUUAACACGCAAAUCAUCAAGACGGUGCAGAUCUACGGCGACCGCCUCAUCAACGUCCUGUGCGACGAUGCAUUUUGCGGGGAGCCGGGCUGCCAGACGGCCGCGUACAUCCUACUCAAUGUGCUCGUCAACAUUGGGCGCCAGGAGGACGACGACCAGAUCGUGGCCGCGCUGAACCGAGUCAACUUUGUCGGCAUCGUCGUGGACACGCUGCGCGGCGUCAUGGCCGAGUGGCAGGAGGUGUGCGGUCCGCGCGGCGCCGCGGCCCAGCAGAACCACCAGGACGCCAAGCUCGCGCUGCUGCUGCAGCUCGCGCAGACGCGGUCGGGCGCCAAGCACGUGCUCUCGGCCAACAUCUUCCGCGUCGUCGAGCAGUCGGGCCUCUUCGCCGCCGACCCGGAGCUGCAGCUGCGCGCGGACAAUGGCCGCGCGCUCGAGCAGCACUACGACCUCCUGGCCAAGAUUGUGCGCAUCAUCGGCGCGGCGCUCCUGAUGCGCGGCAGCCACAGCAUCGCCCAGGGGCGCAAGUUCCUGACUGACCACCGCAUGCUCGUCGCGCACACGCUCAAGCGCAGCGCGGGCAUCGGUGGGCACGGCGCCGGUGGUGGUGAAGGCGACGAGGUCCUCGAGGACAAGGUGGAGGAGCUGGCGGAUGCGUUCAUGGUUGUCAUUGCCGCGACGGGAUUCAUUGAGUUUGAUAAUGAGGCGGUUCCAGAGGUGAAGACCACCCGCAGACUCUUCCAUUGA